AUGGAGGAGAAUCGUGGGAUCUUGGACUCUCUCGGUAAGGCUCCCUAUUGGAUCAUCCUAUCUGUUUUGUAAUUCAAGACAUCUCUCUAUGUGAUGAACUCUGAUAUUUUGAUAGGGCUCAACAGCGCCACUCACAGCACCUGGGAUGUUAACACUCCCACAGCAAACCUUGGAGGGAUGGCUAUUGAUUGUUUUCCCUGUGAAUAUUCUUCCUCCAGUUCUGUCGUUUAAAACCAUGAUCAGGCUAUCUGAACUGCCCAAGCCUUCUUAAAUGUAGGAUUCAGAGUGAUUUGGGGUGUUGAAGUAGCUUCAGUCACGUUUCCUGCUUUUGUUCUUGCUUCUGUCUCUCUCUGGUUGACCAAAGAGUCGCUUGACAUUGGAGAUGGCACAGAUUCCACGACUGAACCAAACAAACUCCAUCCCAAAACAGAGCCAGGCUUUUUGAAUCUCAGGCAGUGAACCCUGUAGUAACAAUAAUGAUAAUUUUAUUAUUUUCACCCUGCCCAUCUGACUGGGUGGCCCCAGCCACUCUGGGCAACUUCCAACAAAUAGAAAAACAUAAUCAAACAUCAAACAUUAAAAACUUCCCGAUACUGAGGUGCCUUCAGAAGUCCUCUAAAAGUUGCAUAGUUAUUUCCUUGACAUCUGAUGGGAGGGCGUUCCACAGGGUGGGUUCCCCUAUCGAGAAGGCCCCCUGCCUCGUCCCCUGUAACUUCUCACAAUAAUGUAACAUGUAAGUACAGUGGUACUUUGGGUUAAGAACUUAAUUCGUUCUGGAGGUCUGUUCUUAACCUAUAACUGUUCUUAACCUGAAACACCACUUUAGCUAAUGGGGCCUCCUGCUGCUGCUGCUGCGCUGUUGCUGCAUGACUUCUGUUCUCAUCCUAUCAUAGAAUCAUAGAAUCAUAGAAUUUUAGAGUUGGAAGAGACCACAAGGGCCAUCGAGUCCAACCCCCUGCCAAGAAGGAAACACCAUCAGAGCACUCCUGACAUAUGGUUGUCAAGCCUCUGCUUAAAGACCUCCAAAGAAGGAGACUCCACCACACUCCUUGGCAGCAAAUUCCACUGUCAAACAGCUCUUACUGUCAGGAAGUUCUUCCUAAUGUUUAGGUGGAAUCUUCUUUCUUGUAGUUUGGAUCCAUUGCUCCGUGUCCGCUUCUCUGGAGCAGCAGAAAACAACCUUUCUCCCUCCUCUAUGGGACAUCCUUUUAUAGAUUUGAACAUGGCUAUCAUAUCACCCCUUAACCUCCUCUUCUCCAGGCUAAACAUGCCCAGCUCCAUUAGCCGUUCCUCAUAAGGCAUCGUUUCCAGGCCUUUGACCAUUUUGGUUGCCCUCCUCUGGACACGUUCCAGUUUGUCAGUGUCCUUCUUGAACUGUGGUGCCCAGAACUGGACACAGUACUCCAGGUGAGGUCUGACCAGAGCAGAAGACAGUGGCACUAUUACUUCCCUUGAUCUAGAUGCUAUACUCCUAUUGAUGCAGCCCAGAAUUGCAUUGGCUUUUUAGCUGCCGCGUCACACUGUUGGCUCAUGUCAAGUUUGUGGUCAACCAAGACUCCUAGUUCCUUUUCACAUGUACUGCUCUCAAGCCAGGUGUCCCCAUCUUGUAUUUGUGCCUCUCAUUUUUUUUGCCCAAGUGCAAUACUUUACAUUUCUCCCUGUUCAAAUUCUUCUUGUUUGUUUUGGCCCAGUUCUCUAAUCUGUCAAGGUCGUUUUGAAGUGUGAUCCUGUCCUCUGGGGUGUUAGCCACCCUCCCAGUUUGGUGUCAUCUGCAAAUUUGAUCAGGAUGCCCUUGAGUCCAUCAUCCAAGUCGUUGAUAAAGAUGUUGAAUAAGACCGGGCCCAAGACAGAACCCUGUGGCACCCCACUAGUCACUCUUCUCCAGGAUGAAGAGGAACCAUUGAUGAGCACCCUUUGGGUUCGGUCAGUCAGCCAGUUACAAAUCCACUGAGUGGUAGCAUAGUCAAGACCGCAUUUUACCAGCUUCUUUACAAGAAUAUCAUGGGGCACCUUGUCAAAUGCCUUGCUGAAAUCAAGGUAGGCUACAUCCAUUGCGAUCACUUCAUCUCCCAGGCUUGUAAUUCUGUCAAAAAACGAGAUCAGGUUAGUCUGACAUGACUUAUUUUUCAGAAACCCCUGCUGACUAUUGGUGAUCACAAUGUGCAGGAUCUGUGAUUCCUCUAGAGCCAACAAAAUGUGCGCUCGGGCUCUAUCAUCUUCACGUUCCUGCUCAGAGGGUUGUGGAUUCAAACCAGUUUCCACACAGGACCAAAGUCUAUCACGUUUUAGAACCAGUUCAAGCUUGAGAGCCCAAGUCAGGUAGUUCUUACCAUUCAGAUGUUCCAUCUGGGCACUGUUGCCAAGAUUAAUAAACCGCAGGUUGCUGAGCUGACGUGGCUUCUGCUCCUUGCUGCACCGGGUCUGCUUCUUUGGUACACGGCCUCACCACUGGACCUUCAGUCCCUUUGAGGUCCUCACCAACAUCACCCUGAUUCUCCAGCUUUAGCAAUUUGCCAUCCAUAAAACACUGGGCCCCAUGACCUGACACAAAACGUAAAUUAAUAACGCAAAGUUUUAAAGAAUUAAGAGCUUUACUGAGUUAAAAUAAACUUCUUCAUAAACAACAUGGUUCCAAACAGGUUGACUGAGAUUCCAUACUGACUCUGCUCACAACUGAGGCAGACUGACUCUGACUGAAAUCUUUCAGAGAACACACAGAGAAAAUGGCUGCUAAGUCACAUGUCGGAGUGACUCAACAGUUAGCAGUUAGGCCUGAAUAACUUUAGUAGGCCCAAAUGAUUGUGCAGUCCCAGCACUUCCCAGCCUGCUUUGCUGCUUCUGCUCUCAUGUGUCUUUGUCACAUGACAAGAAGUUCACGUUUGCCAUUUUUAUUCCCCUGCUCUUACAUCGCCCAACACAAGGCAGCUGACUAUGACCAAGUCAGUCCAGAGUCAAUGUUCCCAAAUAUUUCUCCAGCUCUUAAAAUUUGUUUAGGUUUAUUACUGCAUACUCAACAACUUAGCAUAUUGAAUAUAUCUUAACUUUAACAGGGAACUUUUCCGCAUUGGCCACCUUUUUCAAUAAAAGCACAUUUUAUUUAUGAAGAUAGUACAGAUGCAUAUUUAAAUUUGAACAAAAUGACGUUACCAGGUUAAGCUGUACUUUUAAAAACCUGAGAGAGAAAACAUCUAAUAUUCAACUUGAUUUGUAUACGAAACUAGAUAUUUUUACAGAACAAAAGGAACGUUAUAAUACCCUUCAGAUCUUCCUCUGUCCCAAGCAUUAAUCAGCAUUGUUCCGUAAUUUGGGACUGCACUUCUUCCCAAGACUCUAAUCCGUUUGCCUCUUAGUUUCAGGUGGUGAUGAAUUGGAAAUGAAGAACAAGGGAGACCACAACGAAAUCCACACAGUAGAGGAUCCAUAUCAGGAUUCAGACUGUGGAGAGAGCUUCAGUCAGAGCUCCCAUUCCGCUUCGCAUCAAAGAAAUCCCCUUGAGACGAAACCCUAUCAGUGCUUGGAAUGUGGAAAGAGCUUCACCUGGAAACAGAGUUUCGCUGCCCAUCAAAGAAUUCAUACAAAAGAGAAACCCUAUCACUGCUUGGAGUGUGGAAAGAGCUUCAGUCACAGUCACAAUCUCACUUCCCAUCGUAGAAUUCAUACAGGAGAGAAACCAUAUCACUGCGUGGAAUGUGGAAAGAGCUUCAGUCAGGGCUCCCAUCUCACUGCACAUCAAAGGAUUCAUACAGGGGAGAAACCCUUUCAGUGCUUGGAAUGCGGAAAGAGCUUCAAUCAGAGGGCUAAGCUCACUUCCCAUCAAAGGAUUCAUACAGGGGAGAAACCCUAUCAGUGCUUGGAAUGCGGAAAGAGCUUCAAUCAGAGGGCUAAGCUCACUUCCCAUCAAAGGAUUCAUACAGGGGAGAAACCAUAUCAGUGCUUGGAAUGUGGAAAGAGCUUCACUCGGAGUGCCCAUUUCACUUCCCAUCAAAGGAUUCAUACAGGGGAGAAACCCUAUCAGUGCUUGGAAUGUGGAAAGAGCUUCAGUCAGAGGGCCCAUCUCACUUCCCAUCAAAGGAUUCAUACAGGGGAGAAACCAUAUCAGUGCAUGGAAUGUGGAAAGAGCUUCAGUCAAAAAAGCAGUUUCACUUCCCAUCAAAGAAUUCAUACAGGGGAGAAACCCUAUCAGUGUGUGGAAUGUGGAAAGAGCUUCACCUGGAAAGAAAGUCUAGCUGUCCAUCAGAGAAAUCAUAAAGGGGAGCAACCGUAUCAGUGCUUGGAAUGUGGAAAGAGAUUCACCAGGAAAAUAAUUUUCACUACCCAUCAAAGAAUUCAUACAAAAGAGAAAACCUAUCACUGCUUUGCGUGUGGAAAGAGCUUCAGUCACAGCUAUACUCUCACUUCCCAUCGUAGAAUUCAUACAAGGGAGAAACCCUAUCAGUGUGUGGAAUGUGGAAAGAGCUUCAAUCGGAGUGCCCAUCUCACUUCCCGUCAAAGGAUUCAUACAGGGGAUAAACCCUGUAAGUGUGUGGAAUGUGGAAAGAGCUUCACCAGGAAAGAAAGUCUCACUGUCCAUCAAAGAAUUCAUACAGGGGAGAAACCCUAUCAGUGCUUGGAAUGUGGAAGGAGCUUCAGUCAAAAGAGCAGUUUCACUUCCCAUCAAAGAAUUCACACAGGAGAAAAACCCUAUCAGUGUGUGCAAUGUGGAAAGAGCUUCAAUCUGAGGGCCCAUCUCACUUCCCAUCAAAGGAUUCAUACAGGGGAGAAACCCUUUCAGUGCGUGGAAUGUGGAAAAAGCUUCAAGACGAGCUUUGAACUCACUUCCCAUCAAAGGAUUCAUACAGGGCAGAAACCCUAUCAGUGCGUGGAAUGUGGAAAGAGCUUCAGUAAGAGGGCCAAGCUCACUUCCCAUGAAAGGAUUCAUACAGGGGAGAAACCCUAUCAGUGCUUGGAAUGUGGAAAGAGCUUCACCAGGAAAGAAAGUCUCACUGUCCAUCAAAGAAUUCAUAAAGGGGAGAAACCAUAUCACUGUUUUGCGUGUGGAAAGAGCUUCAGUCACAGCUAUAGUCUGACUUCCCAUCGUAGAAUUCAUACAGGGGAGAAACCCUAUCAGUGCAUGGAAUGUGGGAGGAGCUUCAGUCAGAGGACCAAGCUCAUUUCCCAUCAAAGGAUUCAUACAGGGGAGAAACCCUAUCAGUGCGUGGAAUGUGGAAAGAGUUUCAGUCACAGCUACGAUCUCACUUCCCAUCAAAGAAUUCAUACAGGGGAGAAACCCUAUCAGUGUGUAGAAUGUGGGAGGAGCUUCAGUCAGAGGACCAAGCUCAUUUCCCAUCAAAGGAUUCAUACAGGGGAGAAACCCUAUCAGUGCAUGGAAUGUGGAAAGAGUUUCAAUCACAGCUACGAUCUCACUUCCCAUCAAAGAAUUCAUACAGGGGAGAAACCCUAUCAGUGCUUGGAGUGUGGAAAGAGUUUCAGCUGGAAACAAAGUUUUGCUUUCCAUAAAAAAAUCCAUACAGGGGAGAAACCGUAUCAGUGCUUGGAAUGUGGAAAGAGAUUCAUUAACAGCUCCACACUCACUUCCCAUCAAAAAAUUCAUACAGGGGAGAAACCCUUUAAGUGCUUAGAAUGUGGAAAGAGCUUCACCUGGAAAACAAGUUUCACUUCCCAUCAAAGAAUUCAUACAGGAGAAAACCCCUUUCAGUGCCUGGAAUGUGGUAAGAGCUUCACCAGGAAAGUAGGUCUCAAUGCCCAUCAAAAAUUACACACAGCAGAGGAGUCAGAUCAGUGUUAG